ACUUAAUUCUCCAUACCUAAAAACCGUCUUGCCGGCGUUUUCUGCAUUUUCACCCACCCCAGCGGCUUCUGGUCCACGGCGAAAAAAGAAAAAAAAUUUAUUCGAAUUUGUGUAGUCUUGUGAAUCGGUCGUUUUUGAAAUGCACGAAAUAUUGGUUGCAUUUUUGGCAAUUGCUGGCUAUGUCAGCGGAGAAGUGUUCUUGAAGGAGAACUUCGACAGUUCAAACUGGGAGGACACGUGGAUAUACAGCAAACAUCCUGGAAAGGAGCUUGGUAAAUUUGUUCUUUCUGCGGGCUCUUUCUUCAAUGAUGAAAAGGCAGAUCAAGGAAUCCAGACAUCUCAAGAUGCCCGCUUUUAUGCCGUGUCCAGGAAAUUCGAUGGUUUCUCCAAUGAAGAUAAGCCCCUGGUUAUUCAGUUCUCUGUGAAACAUGAACAGAAUAUCGAUUGCGGUGGUGGUUAUGUGAAGCUGUUCGAUUGCUCCCUGGACCAGACCGACAUGCACGGCGAGUCGCCCUAUGAAAUUAUGUUUGGACCAGAUAUUUGCGGACCCGGUACCAAGAAAGUCCAUGUCAUCUUCAGCUACAAGGGAAAGAACCAUUUGAUUAAUAAGGAUAUCAGAUGCAAAGAUGACGUGUACACCCACUUUUACACGCUAAUCGUGAAACCAGAUAACACCUAUGAAGUUCUUAUCGAUAACGAGAAAGUUGAAUCUGGAAACCUCGAAGAUGAUUGGGAUUUCCUGGCACCAAAGAAAAUCAAGGAUCCAAAUGCAAAGAAACCCGAAGAUUGGGAUGAUAAGGCCACCAUUCCCGACCCUGAUGAUAAGAAACCAGAAGACUGGGACAAGCCAGAACACAUUCCAGAUCCCGAUGCCACCAAGCCAGAAGAUUGGGAUGAUGAGAUGGAUGGUGAAUGGGAGCCACCAAUGGUAGACAAUCCAGAAUUCAAGGGUGAAUGGCAACCAAAGCAGUUGGAUAACCCCAAUUACAAAGGAGCCUGGGAGCAUCCAGAGAUCGAUAACCCAGAAUACACUCCAGAUGAUAAACUCUACCUCCGUAAGGAAGUGUGCACACUUGGCUUCGAUUUGUGGCAAGUGAAAUCUGGCACGAUAUUCGACAAUGUCCUCAUCACCGACGACGUCGAGUUAGCAUCUAAGGCAGCAGCUGGCGUUAAGGAAACACAGGCUGGUGAGAAGAAGGUGAAAGAGGCUCAGGAUGAAGAACAGCGUAAGAAGGAUGAAGAGGAGGCCAAGAAAUCCUCAGACAAGGAUGACGAAGAUGAUGAUGACGAAGAGGACGAUAAGGAUGACUCCAAAUCAGAAACAGAACAGAGUGAACACGAUGAGUUGUAAUCGGUUUAAGAAUGUACACCAAUGAAUAUUGAGUAUUUUUUGUGUUUGAGUUUCUUAAAUGUUGGAGCACACUAUCCACAAUUACAAUUUGCAAGACUUAUAAUAUAUAAUUAAUAAAUUA